AUGUCCGAAGAGCGCACGUUAAUCGCAGUCAUUGCAGAUGAGGAUAGUAUUACAGGGUUGCUGUUAGCAGGAGUGGGUCAAGUUACACCAUCUACGCAGGAGAAGAAUUUCUUUGUCUAUAAGGAAGGUAUUACUACUCGUGAACAAGUUAGUGAAGCAUUUGAGAAGUUUUGUCGAGUCAGAAAUGAUAUUGCUAUAUUGUUGAUUAACCAGCAUAUUGCAGAAGAGAUAAGGGUACAGAUAGAUAAUUUUAGGGAAGCUUUUCCGGCUAUUUUGGAAAUACCAUCUAAGGACCAUCCUUACGAUCCUGAGAAAGACAGUGUAUUGAGAAGGGUCAAAAGAUUAUUUGGAGAGUGA